UGCACGCAUCAUCGUCGUCCACCUCGCUGCCGGUGCCGGUCCCUCUCCCUCUCCCUCUACCUCUAAACCCUUCUCUAUAAAAACCCCUCCCAUCCACCCCCAACGAAACCUCAAAAACCUAGCUAGCUACACCUCUCUCUCCACUAAGCGCUAAGCCUCGUCGACAAACAAAGAGAAGAAGCUAGCUACUAGCUAGUCGUCGAUCGGUAGAGCGAUGGGGCGGUCGCCGUGCUGCGACGGGGAGGCCGGCGUGAAGAAGGGCCCAUGGACGCCCGAGGAGGACAAGCUUCUGGUCGACUACAUCCAGGAGAAGGGCCACGGCAGCUGGCGCCGCCUGCCCAAGCUCGCCGGCCUCAACCGCUGCGGCAAGAGCUGCCGACUCCGCUGGACCAACUACCUCCGCCCCGACAUCAAGCGCGGACGCUUCACCGACGACGAGGAGAAGCUCAUCAUCCACCUCCACUCACUCCUCGGCAACAAGUGGUCGUCGAUCGCGACGAAGCUACCAGGGAGGACGGACAACGAGAUCAAGAACUACUGGAACACGCACCUACGCAAGAAGCUGCUCGGCAUGGGCAUCGACCCCGUCACGCACCGCCCGCGCACCGACCUCAGCCUGCUCGCCGGGCUCCCGGGCCUCCUCGCGGCAGCAGGCAACUUCGGCGGCGCCGGCUCGGCCACGGGCGCCUGGGACAUGAACGCGCUCAGGCUUCAGGCCGACGCCGCCAAGUUCCAGCUGCUUCAGGGCCUCGUGCGCGCGCUCACCACCGCCGCGGCGCCCGUGCCGGCUCCCGCGCCCAGCAUGGACAACCUCAUGGCGCUCCUCGCCGCCAGCAACGGCGGACAGCACGGCGGCAGCGGAGUCGACCAGGGCAUGCUGCUACAGCAGUGCCAGUGGGACGGGAUGAACAACCUGCCGGCGCUGACCAGCUCCGCGCCGGCGAGCGGCAUGCAAAACAUCAGCGGCAUGUUCGAUGGCUUGGGCUCCAUGGACGGGCUGAGCUCGACGGAGCUUGGGGGCCACGGUGGGGCCAGCGGGAGCAACGUGACCGUGGACGCGGUGGCGCCGCCGCGCCCAAUGGUGGCCGGCGACCAGGAGUGCAACAACAAUGGCGGCGGCGGCGUGCUGUUCGAGGAGACGCCGGCGUCGAGCCCUUUCGACGGGCUAGAGAGCCUGAACCUAAUGGAUGAGAUCAACACGGACGGUGGUUGGAAGGAUUUGCUAGAGCAAAUGUCAUGGCUGAACUCAAGUGAUCUGUGAUGCAUGGGUAGAUAGAAGAGAUACGGAAAAUAAUCAGCAAGGAGAUUGAGACCAUUAAUUGUUGGAUUGGAUGCAUAUUUCGGUGGAUCGAUACCGAAGAUGUGAAGUUUGUUUGUUGAUAGGAGGAAAAGGUGGUUUAGUCCACACUUUUAGUCAUGUACAAAAGAAGAACAGAAGGACAUACAUAUAUUAUAUGUACACACUCACAGCAAUUAUUGUUCAUUUUUGUUUAAUUAGUUUCUUUGUUGUUUCCUCUUUUAUGAGGUGGGGAGUAUAUGUAAUAACUAGCUUGUGACAUAAAUUGAAAGCACCUUCUUUUUCC